AUGACAAUCUGCUUUGCCCUAACUCUAGUCUUAGUUUAUUCAAUUAUGUGCCUUUCUGUACAAGAUAAUAUUGAAAAUUUUAAUGGAUGUAAAGUGGAACAAUAUUUCCAUUCUACCUAUGUUAUGCCAGUAGUUGAGGAACCAACUGAAGUUGUUGGUUGUCAGUCAAGCGACACUGCAUCAGGAACACAGGAAGUGUAUGUUUUGAGUCUCGGCAGCCCUUUGUCUGGAGAUAGUCCUACUGAAUUCAGGAAAGGGUACUUUCCAAGUGUAACUUUGGAUGUACGACCACGCUGGAAACAAAAAGCUUAUUCUCCCACAACUGUUGUUAUUUUGUAUUCAGAAAAGCCAGUGAUAUGGCAAAUGAAUCUGAACCACAUUGGAAAUAGUACAAAUUUUCAUAUUAUUGUCAAUAAGCCAUCCCAAGUAGUUCCUAGCAUGAAAGCAUCUGUUUCUCGGCAAAAGUUUCCCUCCAUUGAAAGAUUGCCAAUGUGGAUUAAAAGUCGUUAUGGAAUCAUCACUUCCUUUUCUUUUAUGCCUCGUGCAAAUGAAAUUACACUGUUCAUGGGCACUGAUAUCCAUGCUGCUCCAGGCUGUAAUUUCAGCAGUCAGGCAAAAUCAGUUAAUGUAAAAGCUAAUUUUGUUCAGCCACUUCUUGCUUCAGGCUGUUCUGUGAAUAAUAGUCACCAUCAGGAAAAGAACAUAUACGUAAUUGAACUGAACUCCAGUAUUUUGAGUAGUGAUGUGUUGGUUAACAUACAGCAGCACAGAGAUGUUGAAUCAUCGCAAAAUAUUGAGCAAAAUUUAAUUUUGAUUUUGAAGUGCCAUACACCUACUGAGUGGGUAAUACAGUCUUCUGGUAUUGAAGGAUCAAUUACCAUAAUAGCUGAAUAUCCAGUUCAUGUUCAAACAAAUCCUCUGUACAUAACAGCUAUAGUCCAAGAAAAGGUUCUUCCAGCUGAUACUUCAGCUCUCUUAAAAAUGGUGCAAAACAGUUUUGGUUUUAUUGACAAUUUCAUGAAAACAUCUAAAGCAAAUAAAGUAAAUGUUGCAGUGAAAGGCAAAACAAAAUCCAAAGAUAAUAAUGUACAAACUAAUGAAUCCUCUUCCAAUGGUCAUCUGCCUCUGAGCACUGAAAACUUGGCAACUGGUGCUAGUAGCUUAAAAUCAACUGUAGAAUAUCCAGAAGCUAAAAAUUCAAAGAAGUCAAUAAGUUCUUCACUGGCUAAACAGAUGACAGUUAAUUGUUUUGCUGGGAAAAUGAGUGUUGCUUUUGCUUUUGAUGAAACUAUGAGUGUGCUAACUCCUGUGAUGGGCCCACAUCAUAAACUUCCUUCUGUAACUUUAAUGGAUGGGAGCUGUAAAGCAGAUAUGAAUGAAACUCACAUUGUAUUGAAAACUUCUUGGAAUGAAUGUGGAACAAAGAGUGUUUCUAAUAGAGAUGGACUUGCUUAUUAUAAUCAAGUGCAAUUUAUUACUGCAAAAUACUCAUCUGGAAAGACAUCAAGCGAUGGGAAACCUUUUCCUGCUGAUGAUGAUGACUACAUUUCUGAAGAUGGAUCUGGAUCUGAUGAUGUAUCUUCUAUGCGUCAAAAGCAUCAUCACGAAGAGCGCAUUAUUUAUCCAUUACCAUUCUUUUGUUCUCAUUUAGUUGAUUUCAACAAAGAUUUUUCUACUGAAAAAUUCGAGCUAAAUGUCUUCACAAAAAAGGAUUUUCAAAAUCGCAUCCGUCGAAACUCAUUUCCAUUUGAUGUAGUUGUCCAUGAUCAUUUAUUCGCUGAAGCAGAAAUUAAAGCUGAUCCACGUUUGUGCAUCAUUGUAGAUGAAUGUUGGCUUUCUGAAAAUGAUGGCUUUAGUCGUGAGAUUGGAAAGAAAAAUACUUUAAUUAAACAAGGGUGUGCAACAGACUUAAGCGCAGAGAUUAUGUCCAACAGUCAUUGUGACAGUCGCUCUUCCACUGGCGAGCAUUAUAAGUUGAGGUUUUCUUUUCAACUCAGUGAAGAUUUUAUUAGUCAGCAUCUGUUCCUGCAUUGUCGUUUCACUUCAUGUGCCAUGCGUGAUAGUCAGUAUUUGAAGGUGAAAGAGUGCAUCCAUACAGAGAACUUCUGUCUGAAGCAAAGCCUUCGUCCGUUUCUGGAUACUUUGCGUGGAAAUAAAUUCACCAUCUUAAGUCAGGGGCCCUUCCAUAUUGUAUCAAAAUUAAGAGUAGAAAAAGGAAAAGAUCCUUUAUCAUUUGCCAUCCCAGAGUCGUCAUCCUCGCCUGAAAAUUUUGUAGUAGAUUAUUCUUUUGAUAAGCUCACUGGUAAUAACAAGAAGAAUCCUGUUUCUCAGCAACUUGUUUUCAUUGGCCUUUCUACAGAAGCAGUUGUUGGCAUAGCAUUUGCUUCUUUUAUAAUUGGUGCUGGACUUAUGGCUACAUUGUGGCUCAUUCAUAUGCAUACAGAACCUUCAAGACGUUCUAAACAGAGCAGAAAGCAAUCAUCCAAACCUUAUCCAAAUGAUAGUCACAUGAAUUUCGAGCCUACCGAUUGUGCUGAUAGUUCUGCUCCAUGCUCCAUGAAGCCAAUGUCUGUGCACAUUUGCUCUUGA